CACGUGUUUUUUUUCGAAAGACCCAUAGUGUAGCUUGUGUACAAAAUAUUUGCUUUAGUUCCCAUUCACAAUCAAGUAAAUACGGAUUAUAUUUCACGAACGAUUUUCUCCGAUAAUAAAACGUCAUUACAGGAUUUCAUUGGGCGUGCCUUUUUUGAUGAAAGCUGUGUGGAGCUGAAAUAUUUUGACAAUCACUUACUAACAGCUUAGAUGAUGUUUUUGGUCGCUGUUACCGUGAUGUGCAUUAUGCACAUGAUUGCUCAAACACAAGGACAUGGUCGACUCACUGAACCGCCGUCCAGAGCCACGAUGUGGAGAUAUGGCUGGGAUAAUCCCGUAGAUUACGACGAUGCUCAAUCCUUCUGUGGCGGUUUCCAAGUUCAAUGGAACCAAAAUGAAGGAAGAUGCGGGAUUUGCGGAGACGCUUUCAAUGAGUCGAUGCCACGAACCCACGAAGUCAAUGGAAUUUACGCAAAUGGCAUCAUUGUCGAUAGUUACACUGUGGGAGACAUAGUGAAUGUUCAAGUGGAAAUUACUGUCAAUCACAAGGGUUAUUUCCAGUUCCGAAUGUGUUCUUACGCGGAAGACGGAGAAAACGUUGAAGUUAGUCAAGAAUGUCUGGACAGGCAUUUGUUGGAAAUCGCUGGAGAUCACCCUGAGGGUGCGGACCCUACCAAAUAUUUGGUUGGCACGGAAAAUGGUUUCUACGAUUUCCAAGUGAAGCUUCCGGAUGACCUGAUAUGCAACCAUUGUUUAUUCCAGUGGACUUACACAACAGCGAAUAACUGGGGUCCUUGUGAAGACGGCACGAGCGCCGUCGGUUGCGGGCCGCAGGAGACCUUCCGCGCCUGCGCCGACGUCGCGGUUUUCCCCGCCAGCACCGCGACUUUCGACAUCAGCGACACCGAGGAUGACGACGAUGACGUCGAUGUCGAUGAGUGUACCUCACCAAAGUGUUCAUCAGUUGGUAGGACUGAGCUCAAAACGGGUUCUUUCGAACGACCGCACGUCGUUCAGCCGGCACAUAGCAAUAAAGCCUAUGAUGAUGCAGAUAAGCACUCGGAUCACAGCUCAAACGGGGAACCAGGAAAAGCUGAAUAUUUCAGAUCGUCUUCCAUAUCGCUGAACGCCGACAAUGCAAAGAUUACAAACCAGCAGCAGCUGCUUUGAAACGUGUUUCUGGAAUGACACAAUGGUGCAGAAAUAAUUGCGAAGCAGGAUUCUGUCCAGAGUCUCACUGUAUUUGCUUGAAGUGAUUCGCUGAUUUGAAAAACGUUUGAUUGAAUUCAGUUUUG